UUAAAAUACUAUUAUCCUCAAUAGGACCAUCCAUCCUCCUACAGAGACAGAAGUGUUUUUUUAUUUUUUUUGCCCUCUGUGUGAAGAGAGGGAGAGAGAGUGACAGUUUAAUAUAUAGGGUAAAUACGGCAAUAGAAAACACCGGACAUUCCCCAUCUGUUCUCUGUUUUCUUGUUCUUUUCCCCUCUAAAACAACAACGACUCUUUUCCUCUUCUCCAAAUUUUCCUAUAAAUAUACAAUACUAGCCGCAUUGGAGCAAAGUGCAAACUACACAGGUUUUCUUUUUUUCUUUUUUCCUUUUUCAGAAAUCCCAAUUAGCAUUAACAAGAAGAAGAUCAUAUUUUCCUCUAAUACUAAAACAAGGUGUUGAUCUUUUUAUGCGGCAGAGAUCAGAUUUGGAGAAACAGCAAGUAGAGAGAGAGACACACACACAGACCCUAGUGCAGAGAGAAGAGUAAAGAAUGGGAGUGAAAUACGAGGCAGUAAAAGGGCACGAGGAGAAUGGCGGCGAAGAGGGUGGUGGGCGAGGAGUGAUCACGGCGGACCGGACGGCCACAAAAGCGGCGAUGAACAUGAUCGGCCAAGGCCACCGUGAUCUGGAAUUGGGUCUCCAAAUCCCGGCAAAGCAAGAACAACGACAACCUCGUCUUGUUUCACUCGACGUUUUUCGCGGUCUCACUGUUGCGUUGAUGAUACUGGUGGACAAUGCUGGUGGAAGCUUUCCUGCUAUCAACCACUCGCCCUGGAAUGGACUAACCCUUGCUGAUUAUGUCAUGCCAUUUUUCCUCUUUAUUGUUGGUGUUUCCCUUUCACUUGCCUACAAGAAAUUGCCAUGCAAAGGCAUUGCAACAAAAAAUGCAGUGCUACGAACGCUGAAGCUUCUAGUAUUGGGCCUUGUUCUGCAAGGAGGUUAUUUCCAUCGAGUGAAUGAUCUAACUUUUGGAGUGGAUAUCUCUCAAAUGAGAUUGAUGGGCAUACUACAGAGAAUUGCCAUAUCAUAUUUUGUGGCAGCGUUGUGUGAGAUUUGGCUAAAGGGUGACUCUAAUGUUGACUCAGGAUCAUCUUUGCUUAGGAACUAUAAAUUUCAAUGGGCCGUCGCUUCGAUGCUUUCUAUUGUAUAUAUUGUACUGUUAUACGGCAUAUACGUUCCUGAUUGGAAGUACCAAAUUCCGAUUCAUGAAACCUCUCUCUCUCAACCUAAAACAUUUUUGGUUAAAUGCGGAGUAAGGGGUGACACUGGACCAGCUUGUAAUGCCGUUGGAAUGAUUGACCGUACAAUAUUUGGUAUUCAGCACCUAUAUAGAAGACCAGUUUAUGCACGAACAAAGCAAUGCAGCAUUAACUCCCCAGAUUAUGGACCCCUGCCUCCUGAUUCUCCUUCUUGGUGCCAAGCCCCUUUUGACCCUGAAGGAAUUUUAAGUUCGUUGAUGGCCAUUGUUACCUGCUUGGUCGGCCUGCACUAUGGGCACAUCAUUGUCCAUUUUAAGGACCAUAGGAAUAGAAUCCUUCAUUGGUUAAUACCGUCCUCUUCUCUUUUAGUGUUGGGCUUUGCCUUGGAUUGGUUUGGUAUGCAUGUGAACAAGGCUCUCUACACAUUUAGUUACAUGUGCGUCUCGGCUGGUGCUGCGGGCGUCGUCUUUGUUGCUAUUUACUUGAUGGUGGACAUGUGGAGAUACAGGCGUGUGGGAAUGUUGCUCGAGUGGAUGGGGAAGCAUGCUCUCCUCAUUUUUGUUCUUGUCGCCUGCAACUUGAUCCCAAUUCUCCUCCAAGGAUUCUAUUGGCGGCAACCUCACAAUAACAUUCUUAGCGUAUUCGGGGUCAGAACAUGAAGGCUAACAUCAUUUGUUGACAACACGAGGUUUAUCACCCC